AUGGGCAAAGGAAACCCAUGCCCCCGAGCUUACUAUCGAUGCACUGCUUCUCCAUCUUGUCCAGUAAGAAAACAGGUGCAAAGAUGUGCUGAAGACAUGUCCAUAUUGAUUACCACCUAUGAAGGAACUCACAAUAACCCGCUUCCUAUGUCAGCCACUGCAAUGGCCUGCAAAACUUUUGCUACAGCUUCCAUGCUCCAAUCUCCCUCAUUGAGUUCACAACAUGGAUUAGUUGAUUCAGCUAUAUCCUCCAUCAUCAACUCUAGUGCUCCUUAUUACAACCCUAAUAAUGCUCUAAACUUCUCUACACACCAAGUUUCAAGACGACAACAAUUCUACUUCCCCAACUCAUCCAUUUCAACCUUGAAUUCUCACCCCACAAUCACUUUAGACCUUACAACACCUCCAACUUCUUCCUCAAAUUCAAGCUUCACUUGCAUGCCAAAAUAUUCAUCAACAAACCUUAACUUUUCCUCAGGUUUCUCUCCUCUACAUUCUAGCAUGCCGCAAUCACCUUGGAACAGGUAUAGUGGUUACUCCAACUCUGGAACACUUUAUCAAAAUAGACACCAAGGUGGUAAUUACAUGUUAAACACGGGAAAUCAAAAUCAGCCACAUUCUGUAGGGCAUCUCCAUCAACCUAUUUACAUGAGCAACAAUAGUACCAUUUCUCAGCAUUCUUUCCCUAAUCCCAUUGUUGCUGCAACUGAGGCAAUAAUCAGAAGCAACCCAAAAUUUCAAUCAGCACUAGCAACUGCUCUCACAACAUAUGUUGGCAAUGAAGCUAGUAGUGGUAGGACAAGAGAAAAUCAUGUUCUUGAGAGUGCAGAACUGAUGAAGUUAAAGCUGCUACGUAGUGAAAAUAGUAUAGGAAACUCAAGUAUAUUUCCACUACCACUACCGGAGCAAAGGAAGUGA